UGACCGUGUCACACUCACAGGAGUAUGUGUCUAUACUACAUGAUGGCAGUGGGAACAGUUCCCCGCCCAUUCCAGACACGCCCACUUCCUACGAUGCCCCGUCCUCCCUUGACAAAUGUGACCGAUACUCAGUCACAGUCUGUCCGAGGACAGACACUGACAAGGAUGAGGAGGAGAAUGAGCCUUGUGGGUGGGGACCAUUCACUCCAGGACUUUGUCAACGAUUCCGCAGUCCGCACUGGAUGUUGUUCUGGCUUUGCUGGGCAGGAGGUAUACAGGGAAUGGUGGUGAACGGAUUUGUGAAUGUCGUGAUUUCAAGUGUAGAGCGACGUUACGACCUAAGCAGUACGGAGUCUGGGGCCAUCGCGAGUUGUUAUGACAUUGCCUCUGUGUUAUGUUUGAUUCCUGUGAGUUACUUUGGUGGGCUCGGCUGUAAGCCCCGAUACCUGGGGAUUGGGGUGUUUGUGAUGGGGCUAGGAUCACUCAUGUUCGCCCUACCACAGUUUAUCUCCGGGCUGUAUGAGAUGGGAGGUCCGGAGGGGCCCAACUUGUGUGGUGAGACGAGUAACACAUCCCUCGAGCACUGUAUGUCCAGUACAGGUCCCACAGGCCUUUCCCACUACAAAUACAUCUUCUACUUGGGACAGUUAAUGCAUGGUGCUGGCGCGGCACCUCUCUAUACCCUCGGGACGACUUACCUCGAUGACAACUUGCCAGUCACAUCCUCCUCCAUGCAUCAGGGGUUGUUCUACGGUUGCGCUAUCCUGGGACCAGCGGUGGGAUACUUGGCUGGGGGAGCCUUCCUCGACCUGUACGUGGACAUCGACAAGGGAUCCAGUCCCAGCCUCUCCCUGUCUGGGCCUCGCUAUGUCGGUGCAUGGUGGGUUGGUUUCCUCCUCAGUGCUGCCCUUGCCUUCAUAGUGGCUAUUCCUCUUUGUGGCUUCCCCAGCAACCUUCCAGGAUCAUGGAGGUUUAGGGCAGAACAUGGGAAGGAGGUUUACAGGACGAGACAUACAGUGUCGGAGCCUGAGUAUGAGCCAGACAAAAAGAAACUAAUGGUGAUGAGGAUUCUCACUUCUGUCCGUGUGCUGUUGUUGAACCCGACUUUCAUGUUCCUGAACUUAGCGGCAGCAUGUGAAGGAAAUGUUCUAGCUGGAUUUGCCACCUUUACACCCAAGUUUAUCCAGGAGCAGUUCAGCAUUCCGUCAUCCAAGGCAGCCAUGAUUGUUGGUUUUGCUGCUAUUCCUGCUGGAGGUGGAGGCACAUUUCUUGGGGGGUACCUGGUGAAACGAUACAAACUAAGGAUGAAGGGAAUCAUUCGUUUGUGCCUAGGGCUUACUCUGCCCUCUUUAAUCCUGGCUCUUUGCUUCAUCAUCCACUGCCCCAACCAGGCAUUCACAGGAGUCAAUGUACCAUACAGGACAACACAGAACAGGACAAGUGGUAUCGGAGUAGUGGAUGCCUGUCAUCAGUCAUGUGACUGUUCGCACGAGGACGAGUAUCACCCUGUGUGUGGCAGUGAUGGGAGUAUGUAUUUCUCACCAUGUUACGCAGGCUGUACUACAACUACCAGGGACAGCCAUACUCAGGUUUACCAUAACUGUAGCUGUGUCCACCCCACGUCACAUGACAGCCAGCAGGCAGUCGAUGGCAAAUGUGACAGUACCUGUAAGCUUCUCCCUAUCUUCAUGCCCAUAUUUGGAUUAUUGAUGCUGUUGACCUUCACCUGCAGCAUGCCUGCACUUGCGGCCACUCUAAGGUGUGUACCUCCUGAGGAGCGGUCGUUUGCCCUGGGAAUACAGUGGAUCAUCGCUAGGUGUUUAGGAUCCAUCCCAGGCCCAUUGUUGUUCGGGACGUUGAUAGACGUGUCGUGUGUGUUAUGGCAGAGAGAUUGUGGACAAGAUGGCUCCUGCUUUUUCUAUGACAAUCAGAACAUGAGCAAUAAUCUUUUAUCUGUGGGACUUGUUGGGAAAUUCUUGUCUACACUGUUCUUCCUGCUGGCCCUUCUUCUCUACAGAGGGGCCCCACAAGAGGGCAGUGCUGACCCAUCUGAUAAGGACAGUGGUGCUACUUCUCUGUCAUCAAAAGAACUACCAAGGGAAACUAUCCAACAUGGUCACCGUCAAAGGGAGACAACCCACAGUAUAGACACGCUCACUUCCUCUCUACAGGACGAGUUACCUAACAACAACGAUAUACUGUUUAUUGACUGUGACGAGGUCAUUGAUGCAGAAACAAAGUUGACAACACAGGAUAUGCUUUUGUUGACUUAAAAUCUUAUUUAUUUUAUUGAAUUCGUUUGUAUUGCAGGCUAGCUCAGAUCUUUUUUCAGAUCUUUAUAUUUGUACUUUACAUAUAAUGUAAAAUAAUUAAGACAUUCAAAAAAUUGUUUAGAUAUGUAUAUUUGUUUUUCACUUUUAUCUUUUAUGAAACAUUCUAGCUCAUGCCAAAAAACACAAAGGAACCUUGUGUGAUCUGAGAUGUAGAAUCAAACAUACAGCGUUUGUAUUUCAGCUCACCAAGUCUGAAGGACUUCCUUACAAUCUAUACAUUCUAAUUCAUAUCGGCUAAACCUCUGACAGUAAUAAUGAUUUUAAGUUAUUUUGUGUGGGUUUUUAAUGACAUCAGGUCACUCUGCCAUGGAUUACCGAUGUCAGUAACAUUCAAAGUAAGGCAGAUAACAUUGACCUAUUUGGGUUCAUGCUAUUGUUUGUGACAUCAUUUCAAGACAUGUUAAGAGUCAGCAAAGAUCUGUGAUGUCAUUAAAAAUAACGAUCAGGGCUCCAUAUUAAAAUUAGAAGUUUACGGGCAGUAUUUCCUAGUUACACUGUUGCUAAUUAUUUAUACUGACCAAUCAGAUACCAUUUUACAUCUCAAAUGUAUUAGAAUGAACGACUCCUGUCCUGCUUCCUAUGUUUGCACUGACAGUGUACGAGGAUGAAUUAUGAAUUGUCUGUCCUAGAGCCAAAUAGAUAGAAGUAAGGUUUAUAUAGUUUUAAUGUAUUUUAUACCUGUAAUGUUAUUAUUUAUUGUGUAUAGUAUUUCCAGUUUUGAUUACUGACUAAUGAGAACUUUAUAUUUUAUUUGGUGCAUUUUCUACGAAUAAAUGGCUUGAGGAAUAGGUUGCUUUCCAGAAUGAAUAAGUUGUGAAAAUUGUGUUUUUGUGUUUCUGUGUGUUAUAAUGGAGAUUCGUUGUUUACAAUAAUCUCAUCAACUGUCAACGUUUUUCACAUCACCAUAGUACAACUUUUUCCAAUUACAAAUGUCACUUCAUAAACCAUCGUUAAACAAGUGUAUGCAUCACAAAACUUAAAAUAUUAAACAAAACAUUCCAUCCAAUAAAUAGGUCAAGUGUAAUUAUAUAAUUAUUGUAUAAACUGUUGUCAAGGUUACAGAACACAUUGAUGACCUCGUGACAGGAUUCACUCUGUACUACAAGAUGAUAGGUGAUGAUGCCUUUGUAAUAAUACCUAUUUAUUUUCACAAUAAAGUAGAUGUACUUUGUAGUUUUUAUAACGUAUUAUUGAAAAUCUGUCAUUUACAUUGUAAAUGUCUUUAAUUUAGCAGCAUAUUGCCCUGAAAUGUAGGUAUUGUGUAAUUGUGAUGUUGGCGUAAUUAAAAUGUUUGUCAUUGUGUGACUGUUGUAAAUGUUUGUGUAAUUUUGUAAUCUAUCUUUGCAGGUGCCAUUACUUGGGUGUCACUUUGCAACAGACUUACGUAAAUGUAUUUUCUGUAAUUUUGUAUUGAUGUGUAUUUUUCUGUAAUUUUGUAUUGAUGUGUAUGAAAAUGUAAAUGUUUGAAUUUGUAAUUUUGAACAUUGUCUUGUCGAUUGUAUUUUGUGACAAUCUUGUAAUAUGAGUUUGUGUAAAUGUCUGUCUUGUGAGUAAUUUGUAACCAGUCGGUUAAAAUGUAAUUUACCGAGAUGUCUUUACAGUGUACUUGUGUUAAUUUUAGCCACAUAUCACUUAAAUAAAGUAAAAGUGGACAUUUUUGUGGUGUUUUGAAGUGCUAGAGUUUUUCAACUGGAGUAAAUUAGUGCAAAUUUUUUUACAUGAGAAUACUGAUUAUAGAUAUAUAGAUUUCAGUACCAUUGUCUACGUGUAAAUUUCCACACUUCAGUCAGCUUAUACCGUAGUCACAAAGUGAACAUUUCCUCACACGAAAAUUUCCACUUUUACAGUAAACAAAAAAUGUAGUUUUGUAUACACAUCAGUAUAUAAACCAGCUGUGUUUAAUGUUUCGUUGAUAUAAACGGUUGUUGUUGCGAGGUUUUAAUUCUCGGCGAGACAGGGAUCCUAGGAAAUUGUACACACGGGAUUAUUGACUUGGUAUGUGAACUUAUUUUGACAUCAGUCAUAGCUUGACAAAGGGACCCGUUGGUCUUGAAAUGCGACACAUUUGAUACAUACACUGUUUGUGUAGAAAGUAAAACUUUGAUAUAACAUAUUUCCAAACUGAUGAAUCUUAUUGAAGAUAUUUUGACAUCAGUUCUUGUGAAUAACUAUUUGAUAAUGAAAAGUGCAAUAUACAUUCAAGUCUGUAAUAUAUGAAUAUAAACAUUAUUUCUGUGCGGUUUACACCUAGUAUUUAAUUAAUCAGGUAUGUUAGAAAUCAUGUAAUACGGCUCACCUGUAUAUUAUGUUUUGCUUUAAUUGCAUAUUCUAUGAUUCCAUCAUGAAACUGAAAUCACAUGUUACAUUGUGGAAACAUGCAAAUGAGAUUUUUCAAAAGCUUAAGGUUUAAAAUGUGUUCUGAUAAUUUAACAUUAAUUGAUCAUUUUGUUUUAUUUGUUUUUCAUAUUUAAAGGUGCAUGCCUUUACCAGUUUUACAGUUAUCCUAAACGUAAUGGAUGUUUUUUCGACAUUCAUUGAAUUGUCAAACGAUGUACCGUUUUUUUCAGUUUUUGUAUUGUGAUUGUAAUCAAAUAUCAUGUUACAUCUCUGAGAACAAUUAUAAAACUUGUCAUCAAUAUUUCAGUAUAAACUUAUUUAGAGUAGUUAAAUAAUUCUCCAAAAAUUCACAGAAUUAUCUCCCUUUUUACCUGUCCAUGAUUCUUCGGUCACCCCCCCAGCUAGCUAUGGUUUCUCUGUCACCCGCAGGGUAUGGCUGUAAGCAUGUCUGAAUCAACUGUUGAAGGGAGAUGUCAUGUGCAUAUCAGGAUAAAAAAAGAUUACAAACACUGAAAACUAUUGUUUCAAACAUAGAAUUGGAAUAACGGGAGAAAAAUAAUCGUCUCCUACCUUGUGGGUGUAACAGAGAGAUUUCCAACCCUCGGUGUGAUUAAUUGAUUGUUAUUAACUUAAGCAGCACACCAGGUUAUAUUAGGUAACCAAACCAUCAUCCCUUGUGUUGCAGAUUUAACACCCUUAAGGUAAGGGAAUGCUCUGUUGGUCAUACAUAUUUUAGCAUACAAAUGAUGGAGAAGACCAUUUAUAUCUGACCAUUUAUGUGCUCAAGUCAUGCUUACAUAUCACUGACCAGUAUUACAAGGUGCUAUUUAUGUCAGAUUUUAUGUAUAUUUUGAAUAAAAAAUAGAUUUUAUAGAAA